AUGACUCUUAUGCAGAUACAAUUUUCAGACAAAAUUAAAGUAUGCACAACUGCCACAUGCGUCCGAACCUCCAUGAAACUCCUCGAUUACAUCGAUUCUGACAUAGACCCUUGCGAGGACUUCUACCUGUUUUCCUGUGGCAAGUUCUUGCGAGGAAACGACCAGGAGAAACCCGGAGAACAGUCCACGAAGGUCGCUGCCGAAAAGGAGAUCCAGGUCAAUAUCAGAAACAUAUUGGAACAGCCCAUAUAUAUCGAAGAUAGAGCCGCCUUCCAACAAGCUAAAAAAUUCUACAGAACUUGCAUGAACGAGACUAAGAUAGAAGAGGAAGGACUGGCAUGGAUCAGGAGUGUCUUUAAACGUAUUGGUGGGUGGCCUUCACUAAAAGGGAAUCACUGGAAAGAAGAUCAGUUCAAUUGGCAAAAAGCAAUGCACAGACUUAGAAAAAUAGGGGUUAAUGCUGAUUUGUUCUUUCGAGUAACUGUGGAUAAGAACAGAUAUAAUGAAACACAGCAUAUUUUAGGGAUACACGGCGUUGCCUAUAGUCCUCCAAAUAUAGAAAACAAAACUAGAGCAAUGUACUUGGACUACAUGGUAGAUGUAGCACAGGUUUUUGGUAUAGAUGGAAACAUUGCGCGUAAGGAUUCAAAUGAAGUCAUCGACUUGCUUUUAAGACUCGCAAAGAAGUAUGAAGAAUCUGUCGAGAGGAACAGAACUGGAUUAUAUGAUCUUUACAGCCUGUCAGAAUUGCAACACAUGUACCCGUACAUAUCUUGGAAGGAUUACCUAAGCGGCAUCCUCUUUCCCGCGGAAAGCAUAACAGAUGAUGAUACAAUAGUUGUGAGUGAACCACUUUAUUUAGGUGCGCUUAUGAGAAUCCUGAAGACUUCCUCAAGCAGAACAGUGGCCAACUUCAUUGCCUGGCAUACGCUGCAACAUCUUAUCCAUUACCUACCUGCAAAGCUAUUGGACAAAGCUUACGAUUACCUGGAAAAACUGUAUGGGGAAAUUGUAAAGGAACCCCGUUGGAUGACAUGCAUCCAAGCCACUCGAGAACGGAUGGAUUCCGUUGUGUCUGCAGCGUAUAUAGAGAAUUUCUUCAAUGAAAAUACAAAGAGAGACGUAGAAGAAAUGACAGCGAAUAUCAAGACGCAGCUUAAAAUCGUUAUGAAAAGGGAGUAUGGACUAGACGACAAGGUUGUUGAAAAUAUUUUGAACAACAUGGUGGACAUCGGUUCAAAUAAUGAUCUGAUGGAGAUUCAUUGGGAGAACCAGGCGUAUGACGUAGCAAAGGUCGAUGAAGACAAACUGUUACAGUCGGUCCUAAAUUUGGAUUUUAUCAGCUUAAACAUGACAUUUGGAAAGCUGAGAAAAACAGUUAAGGAGAAUUGGCUAGGGCAAAGCAGCUUUGUCACCGGGAUCUAUGUUUAUUACUCCGCGAAGGAAAACGUAAUGAGGUUCCCCGCGGGCAUAUUCGGUGGCGUUUAUUACCACCGCGACCGGCCGAAGUACAUGAACUAUGGCUCGGUGGGUUCCAUAAUGGCCAAGGAGAUGUCGCACAUACUUAUGGUGGACGGUCCACAUUCUUCCGGAGUAUCGAGAAGCCGCUCGUCGAUGGACUUCGAGAUUGGGAACUCGAAUAAGCGCUUGGACCAAAAAAAUGCAAAAGACGAGGCCAAGGCGGAUUCGAUCGGCAUGAAAAUCGCCUACGACAGUUACUCCAUAUUGGUUCAACAAAAUGGGGUAGAGCCACGUCUUCCUGGCUUGGAGUACUCUCCCUACCAAUUGUUCUGGAUAUCGUCAGCCAUCCGUCACUGCGCAAAAUAUUCUGCUACGACUAUGAAUACAUCAUCAGCUGAUUGUCAAUGGUCUCCGCCUCAGUUUCAAGUUAAUGGACCUUUGCAGAAUUUGGACGACUUCGCCAAAGACUUUGCCUGUCCCGUCGGAUCUGGAAUGAAUCCUGAGAAGAAGUGUUUUAUUUGAUAGAUAA